AUGGCCUCAAGCUCAGCUUGGACAACAAAGCAGAACAAGAAGUUUGAGAAUGCUUUGGCCAUCUAUGACAAGGACACCCCAGAUCGGUGGCAGAACUUGGCCAGGGCCGUUGGAGGGAAAACAGUGGAAGAAGUUAAGAGGCAUUAUGACAUGCUUGUGGAGGAUUUGAAGCAGAUUGAAGAAGGACACGUGCCCUUGCCCAAUUACAGAAAUGCUGCUGCAACUGUAGGAGGCAGCAUCAAAGGUUACGGUUUCAUGGAUGAAGAACAAAGGAUGAAGGUUCUAAGUCUCCAGUGAGGUAUGGCAACAGCAGAGCCAAAUUUGGGGGGAAAAAGAAAGGGAUAUGGUUUUAGAACAUUACGAAUCAAG